AAGAAAAAACAACUGCAAAAUGGCCACCGUAAACGUUAACCGCAGUGUGACGGACAUCUUCUAUCGCUACAAGAUGCCACGUCUGCAGGCGAAGGUCGAGGGCAAGGGAAACGGCAUAAAGACCGUUCUUGUCAACAUGGCCGAAGUGGCCCGGGCCAUCGGACGCCCGGCCACCUAUCCGACUAAAUACUUUGGCUGCGAGUUGGGCGCCCAGACUCUGUUCGAUCACAAGAACGAACGCUUUGUGGUAAAUGGAUCGCACGAUGUGAACAAGCUGCAAGAUCUAUUGGAUGGUUUUAUUCGCAAAUUUGUCCUAUGCCCCGAGUGCGACAAUCCGGAGACCAAUUUGACUGUUUCGGCCAAGAACCAGACCAUUUCGCAGUCAUGCAAGGCAUGCGGCUUCCACGGUCUGCUGAAGGUCAACCACAAAGUUAACACGUUCAUUGUGAAGAACCCUCCAUCGUUGAAUCCGGCCGCCCAGGGAUCUUCGCUUACCGAGGGCAAGCGCUCGAAGAAGCAUAAGAAUAAGAACGACAAUGCCGAUGGCUCGAUGACCAACAACUCGAUGGGCAACAACUCCGGCGGUGAGUCGGAUGGCGGCAAUGGAACGAACCAGGCUAGCCAAACUGAGGCCGAGAUCAGCGCUGCCAUUCCGGAGAAGACCUCGCAGGAUGACGACGAUGAGGGAUGGAGCGUGGAUGUUUCGAAGGAGGCUAUACGUGCUCGUUUGCAAGAUCUGACAGAUGGUGCUAAGGGCAUGACCAUUUCGGAUGACUAUGAUAAAACCGAAAAGGAGCGCAUCGAUCUUUUCUAUGAGUUGGUGAAGGACAAGCGGGACAAGAAUCUACUUGGGGAACUUUCGAUCCACAAGGAACUGUUUAUCGAAGCGGAGCGUUUGGAUAUUCUUAACAAAUCGCCACUGGUUCUGGCCGAGCUUCUGUUCUCCGAGAACAUUGUCAAGGAUGUGCAAAAGAACCGCAAUUUGCUGCUUCGCUUCACACUGAACAACCCGAAGGCACAGCGUUAUUUAAUCGGUGGAAUUGAGCAAACUGUCGAGCUACACAAGGCCACACUAAUGUGCAAGGUGGCUGGAAUCUUUAAACAUUUUUAUGAUUUGGACAUACUCGAUGAAGCCGUCAUUUUGGAGUGGGGGCAGAAGGUCAGCAAACGGCAUGUACCCAAGAAUAUUGCUGCCGAGAUACACGAGAAGGUAAAGCCGUUCGUCUCGUGGCUGCAAAAUGCCGAAGAAGAUUCGGAUUCUUCGGAUUCCAAUGAAGAUGCCGGAGUAGAGGAUAGUGAUGAGGACUCGGAUGAUGGUGAAAAGUACCAGUACCGUAACUCGACCAAGAAGCAGGAGGUGGCGGACCCUGACGAUGCUGAUGGGGAUAUUAACAUUGAUGAAAUCUAAGAAAAUCUAAAAACUACUCCCUCGAUCAGUAGUACUUUGGAAACGGAAAAUCAAGCAAGCGCAAUCUACAAAUUCAAAAUGAAAUAUAAAUUAUCAUGUUAAAUCGACAAGUGGUUCUUUGAUCUUUAGUUUUUAAGAGUGUGCUAAUUGUAAACACCAUCUAGCACUACCGCAAUUGCUUUAUUUUGAUUUAUCGCUUUACUACCAUUCAAUUGUUAGCAUUACAUUACCCAAGCCGCUGUAACAAUAGACGAUAACUGAAUUACACCAACAUAUAUAUUACAAAAUAAAGCGAAAAUUAUGAAAAAGCAACAAAUAA